CAUGGAAAUUGACAGUUUGAUUUUGUGGAUAUUUUAGAGGGUUUCAGCAGGUGUGCUAAAAUAUUGGCGUAAAAUUGGCAUUGGAAUUGGCGUGCCAAAAUUUGGCAGGGAAAUUGGCACGAAAUUUAACACACAAAUUUGGCGUGCUAAAAUUUAGCACAAAAUUUAGCACAAAAUUUUAGCAAUUUACAUUAACUCCCUGGAAAUUCCGGCAUAACUCCCAAAAUUCCCCAUGGAAACGCGAGACACCCGAGAAAUGCAUCUCUCCAGCAACUCUCUCCAUGAGAAUACCCGCACAUCUCUCCCCCUCUUUUUUCCCAUGUCCCAACCCGCUUCUGAACUACUGGAGCCUCCAGCCACAAUUCGGACCAAAAAUAAUAAUCAAUAUUUCCAUGACAACGCCACCCUCUUUUUCCACUCUCUCUCUCUUUCCACUCACACUUUCUAAAUCCAAAAAUUUCAGCAAUAAUCCACAAAAUGCUCCUCCUAACGACGCUCCUCUUUAUAAUCACCAUGGCAACGGGGACCCCCCAGUUGACCGCCCCCAAGUGCCAACCCAUCACGAUCCCCAUGUGUCGCAACAUUGGUUACAAUUUCACCCAGAUGCCGAACCCUUUCAAUCACGAUUCUCAGGAGGAAGCGGGCCUGGAAGUCCACCAGUACUGGCCGCUGGUCGAGAUCCGCUGUUCCCCUGACCUCAAAUUCUUCAUCUGUUCGUUGUACGUCCCGAUUUGCAUGGAGGAUUACAAGGGCUCCGUCCCGGCCUGUAAAUCCGUCUGCGAAAGGGCAAGGGAGGGAUGCGAGCCCGUUAUGACGCACUACGGAUUCCAGUGGCCGGAGCGCUUUUCCUGCGCCAACUUCCCCCCUUUUGGUCCCCAAUCCAUUUGCAUGGACGAGCGUCGAGGAGAGUUGCCUAGCAACAAGUCCACCGUCGCCAUAGCAACCAGACCACCCCCCACACAAAAAUCCCCUACAAACUGCAGCUGCACCUGUAAAAAGCCUCUUUUGCGCCACCCCCAUCGCAACGUUUAUAACCUAAUCCAAAACUGCACGUUGCCAUGCCGACUGUAUUCUGAAAAGAAUUUUGUAAAUUAUUGGUUAUCAUUUUGGAGUGUGAGCUGUUGUUUGAUAAGUUUCGUAACCAUGGUAACGUUCGCCUUGGAUACGGCGCGAUUUAAUUACCCCGAGCGACCCAUAGUUUAUUUGUCAUUUUGCUAUUUUUUAAUCUCCAUUGGUUACCUGAUUCGGAUUUAUUUCGGGCAUGAGCGGAUUGCGUGUGAGGAAUUUAACUCUAAGUUAAUCGUCAAGGAAACGAAUUUUAUCUAUAAUUAUUGUAGUCUGGUGUUUUUUCUCGUUUAUUAUUUUGGGGUUGCGGGGGGGUGUUGGUGGGUAAACCUAUCAAUCUCGUGGUAUUUAGCGGCUGGGUGUAAAUGGGGUUCGGAAGCUAUAGCUCAGAAGUGGCCGAUAUUCCACCUGGUCGCCUGGAUCCUGGUUCCCAUGACGAUGAGCUUGACGGCGAGUUUAAAUGGAUUUGUGGAUGGGGACCCAAUUUCUGGGAUUUGUUCCCUUGGAAACACGAAUGAAUUUAAUUUGUUUUAUUUUAUUCUCGUCCCCGGUGGGGGGUUGUUAAUUGUGGGGACCGUUUUUUUACUUUGGGGCUUCGUGGAGUUGUGCAGGAUUAGGAGGGCCAUCUCUAAGCAAAGCGGGAAAACGGAAAAACUAGAAAAACUAAUGAUUCGAAUUGGCGUAUUUUCAAUUUUGUACACAUUUCCGGCCUCAGCCGUCAUAGCAACGCAAUUUUACGAAGUUUACGCGAGAAAAGAAUGGAUUUUAUCCAAUUUUUGCAGUUGUCAUGGAGAUUUAUCCCAGCAUGCGAAACCAAGUUACUCUUUACUCAUGAUCAAAUACUUCCUAACCCUCACCGUUGGCAUAACAACCGGAGGGGUGUGGAUUUGGUCAAAGAAAACCUUGGAAACGUGGAAAAACACGCUGUUUCCAUGGAAAUCUAAUAAAAAUAAUAAAUGUUCACGUGUUUAACUUUGUAAACUUUAUAAUAAAAGAAAUAAAAAAAA